CACCAUUCCUCUUUCUCACCAAACCUUAACGCUUGUCAAAAUGGAAGGUCCAAACGAAGAUUUCAAGGGAUUCGAAGAUGGUUUUACUGGAUUCCCGAAACAUUUACCUGAUGACUGCGUCGAAUAUUGUCUCUAUGUCAUCAGCUCGAAGUUGAAGUCGCCGAAGGAUAUUCUUGGACAAUUGGAAGCCGUAAAGAAGGAGGCCUUGAAACUAACAGAUAGUCUUUUGAAGGAGUAUAUAUGGCAGCGGGAGAGCUUUAAAUUAGAUCUCAAAAGUGGAAAGGGGAAGAUGUACCUUUAUGGUCUUACAAAUUAUGGAGACUCGGUCGAGGACGAGUGGCUCAUUGUAUAUAUCCUCAGAGAGUUAAGCAACCGAUUUCCACAGUUGUGGAUCAAAGUUGUGGACACAGACGGCGAAUUCUUGUUAGUUGAGGCUGCAAAUGCCUUGCCUCGAUGGCUGACCCCGGAAAUUGCGGACAACAGAAUUUGGAUUCACAAUAAUGCACUCCGCAUUAUACCUCUCAGUGCAGAUUCACACUCUGGUCCUAAGACUGCUCCAGCCCCCCGAGCACUAAAACUCGAAGAAGCCCAUGACGCCAUUACGUCGACGCCAGACAGCCUUAUCCGUUCCCCCCUUAUUGAAGAAGAAGCGUUUUACAGGCUUCGAAACUACCCAGCUCAGAUCAACACCACACUGCACCAUGCUGUCAUUCUGAUGCCAAGAAAACUUGCAUAUGUCCUACAUGCUCGCCCGGUCUCCAUAGCACCAGCUGUAGAAGCUUUCUAUCUUCGCGACCCAAUUGCACUCAAAACACUUCAAAGGAAAGACUCGGACCUGAUUUUUCCUAUUCGGGACCUAGUUGCGGUUUCGACACGAUUCACGAAAGUCCUGUAUGCACAACUUAAAUCGCAACAGUUCUCGACCCCAAUCGCCUGGGUAGACACACUAUCAAAGGUCGAUACUGUUGAGGGUACUGGUACUCUUGGUCCAAAGAGGUAUGAUAUGUUAGAAAUGGGCAUGAAAGUCACUUCAGGAUUCGAGAUGCUGUUUGCAGACCCUAAGUAUGGAGACAACCGAACUGUCCGCGAAGCGAAAAUCUUGUUGGAAGACUUGGCUACUGAUGACUCUUUGGCUCUACCAACAGACGAAGAGAUUGCAGGAUGGAAAGAAGGAAGCAGAGAGGAUGACGAAUCUUGGAUGGAUAUCAACUUUGUAGAUUUCGAGCGCGAACUUGACGGUGAAGGAAAACAAAAGUCGAGUACACCCGCUGUCUUUGGACCGGAACCGCCUUCUGGUUUUGGCGACGCCAAAACGCAAGCCGAUCUCAGAAAGAUGGUGGAGCGUUUUGAGUCCUUCCUCAACGACGAAGAUGCUGGUAUUGAUGGAGCAGAGAUGGAUGAUAUGGACAUCGAUGAUGAUGACGACGACGACAGCGAAGACAUAGACGACGACAGUGAGGAUGAAGAUAAAGAUGUCAGUUUCGAUGAGAAGGAGUUUGCCAGGAUGAUGAGGGAGAUGAUGGGGAUGCCUUCUGAAGAACCAGACGAAGUGGUUGAUAGCCCCUCAGCAAGUGCAACUGCACCAACCAGCAAAGGGCACAGGAUAGAAGAGAUUAAAAGUAGCGACGAGGGAGAUGGGGCUGACGGGGCCAGCGAGAUGAGAGAAGUCAUGGAAAAACUGGAGGCUGAGCUAAAUGAAGCCGGUGCCCUGAAUCUUGACCCCACACCUAGCAAGCUCUCAGCACUCAAGGGCAAAGCCAAAGCAGAGAAAUCUUCGAAGGAUGGGGACUUGGAUGACGAGAGUGAUGGUGAGGAGAUUGACAUAGACUUCAACUUGGCGAAGAAUCUGCUUGAAAGCUUUAAAGCCCAGGCGGGUGCGGCUGGACCUGGCAGCAACCUUCUAGGAUUGAUGGGAAUGCGGCUUCCCCGAGACGAAGGCGACUCGGAGUCCACCACGCAGUAUAAAUAAAGGUUGGGAAGAUGAAAGGAAUUAUGUCACUCAAUGCUU